AUUUUAAUGGACGACGGAGGAGCUGCUCAGCCGGACGACACCGUCAUGUCGGAGGCGGCGUCUGUUCCGCCGCAGCAGCACGACCCCGCGGCGCACCAGCACCAGCCGCCGCCGAUGGGGAUGGAAAAUAUUCCGGCGACUUUAAGCCACGGAGGGAGAUUCAUUCAGUACAACAUCUUUGGCAACAUCUUCGAAGUUACGGCCAAGUACAAGCCUCCCAUCAUGCCUAUUGGCAAAGGCGCUUACGGCAUCGUCUGUUCCGCUCUGAACUCCGAGACAAACGAGCACGUUGCGAUCAAGAAGAUUGCGAAUGCGUUCGACAACAAGAUCGAUGCCAAGAGAACUCUUCGUGAGAUCAAGCUUCUCCGGCAUAUGGAUCAUGAAAACGUUGUUGCAAUUAGGGAUAUCAUACCUCCGCCUCAAAGGGCAACGUUUAAUGAUGUUUAUAUAGCAUAUGAGCUAAUGGAUACUGACCUUCAUCAAAUAAUUCGUUCAAACCAAGCAUUAUCAGAGGAGCAUUGUCAGUACUUCCUGUACCAGAUUCUUCGUGGAUUGAAGUACAUACAUUCAGCAAAUGUUUUGCACAGAGAUUUGAAGCCCUCCAAUCUGCUAUUAAAUGCCAACUGUGACCUGAAAAUAUGUGAUUUUGGACUUGCUCGUGUUACUUCAGAAACUGACUUUAUGACAGAAUAUGUGGUUACAAGAUGGUACCGUGCACCAGAGCUAUUACUUAACUCAUCUGAUUACACAGCAGCUAUUGAUGUCUGGUCUGUUGGUUGUAUUUUUAUGGAACUGAUGGAUCGGAAGCCCUUGUUUCCUGGUCGAGAUCAUGUGCAUCAGUUACGCUUGCUUUUGGAGCUGAUUGGCACUCCAUCAGAGGCUGAUCUUGGUUUCUUGAACGAGAAUGCUAAAAGAUAUAUACGGCAACUUCCUAUAUACCAACGGCAGUCAUUCACUGAAAAGUUUCCACAUGUCCAUCCUGCAGCCAUUGAUCUGGUGGAGAAGAUGCUAACAUUCGAUCCAGGACGGAGAAUUACCGUUGAAGAUGCUCUAGCUCAUCCUUAUUUGACUUCAUURCAUGACAUUAGUGAUGAGCCCGUGUGCAUGACGCCCUUCAGCUUUGAUUUUGAGCAGCACGCACUUACGGAGGACCAGAUGAAAGAGCUGAUCUAUCGAGAGGCACUUGCAUUUAACCCUGAGUAUCAUCACCAAUAAUGAGCUAUGUUAUUUGCUGGAGGAUUGUUUGAUCUGUAUGAUCUCUUUAUUCUGUAUGUUCAUUAUUAAUUCCUUUGUGUAUAUUAACUGGCAUUCACACGUCUGGGAUGGCUUUGGAAUCAAAAUUGUCUGAGUAUGGCCAGAAUUAGGACUGCAAGAAUCUUCAUGUUCAUGAAGUUGUAUCUGCCCUUUCUUCUUCUACUACUUGUUCUAUUGUUCAUCAAUUGAAUCCAGGUUGUUCAUUAUGAGUUA